AUGGCGGCUAAUUUCACCCUAGACCAACAAUGUGAAGGAAAGGAGUGUCAAUCAAUCACAGAUGUGACGUACUACGUGGAGGAGAAGAAGAGACUCUGUGAUGACUGCGCCUCUAAACAAGGAUGCAUCGCAAGAGUUAAAAGGGGUGGGCCAAAUAUUUAUUGUGAGGAACAUGAUGAAAAGGUAAAAUUAUAUUGUAAAUCUCAUGGCGUUUCAUUGUGUUAUUCAUGCGCUAUGAUCAAGCAUCGGCACCCUUGCAAGAGACACGAUAUAAAUGAUGCAAUAAUGGAAAGUAGGGCCAGGCUAACUGUUCUAAUAGAAAAGGCGAGGGACAAUUUGAAAGAAAGUCGUCAAUCUGAAGAUGAAAUUGACCAAUGCACGAAAAAUACAGACGCCCAUCUACAAGCUCUGAAAGAUGAAGUUAAAUCGAUAACAAUGGAGGCGAUCAACAGAAAUAAAGUCAAGGAGAAAACGGAGGCUGACAAAAUCAACCAAAAAUUCGAUGAUCAUAAUCAAGUACUUCAAGAAGAGAUUAUGAAGAUUAAUGAGAAAAUUCGAAAGAACGAUGAAGAGAGAGAGAAACAACUUGAAUUAAUCCAUACAAAUGCACAGAUUAGACAAGGACACAUGGACAAUAAGAAGAUUGGUCUUCAUAGAGACAUUGAUAACAUUGUUAAAGAGAAGGAUAGGAAGAUCAGAGAGUUGAUGAAAUCAUUGCAGGAUGACAGAAAAACAAUAGAGAAUGCAAUACAGACUAUAGAUACAGUACUAGAAGAUGAUAAAAACAUUGUUAAAGACGGUCAUAGUGUGAACAUAUCAGUGAGUGAUAAACUAAAGAAACCACUUUAUUAG